AUGCAAUUUUGCGCUCACCACAGCAAAGAUCUCGAUGCUGCACUCACCUCACUCCCCACCAGCUCGUCCAACGAUGUAACCUCGAAUCCAGCUGCCGCUCAACCAUCGACCAAGUCGAACCCCGCUGUUCGCGGGGGACCUCUCCCAUCCGCGGAGCUAUCCACUCUUCUCCUUUCCCUCCGAAAGCUGCGAGAGGCCAUUCUUGCAACUUCAGCGACGACGCCAGCUAUUUUUUCCCAGCGAGUGCAUGUCUUCUCUAUCCGCUUAUCAAUCCGCGCGCAGCACCCGCCAUCGUAUUUCCCCUCCUUGCGAUAUAGCCUCGAGAGGUUGCAUUCCAAGGCCCAUCCACUACCGGAUUGCGAGAUAAAAGAGAUUGUGUCCUACUUGAUACUCGACUAUGCCUGUCGUCAGAAUGAUAUGGUGUCUGCCUUUGAGUGGCGUGCUCGGGCACGGAAGGAAUACGGGUUCCAAUCACAAACUAUUGACAAUGUGCUGGCCGCAUUGAUGCAUGACAAUUGGGUUGUAUUUUGGCAAGCCCAUAAGAGCGUGGAUUCGUACAUGCGUGCGGUGCUGAAUUGGGCCGUGGGUCGAGUCCGACGACAGGCUCUCAAGGCUGUGGGCAGUGCAUACCUCAAUGUUCACGUCAGCUGGAUUGUGGGUGGAUGUACAGGAGACGAGGAGAGCUGGACCUGGGAAAAACUGGUCGAAGCCGAGAAGCUUGGUUGGGAAAAAGAAGGAGACAAGGUCAUUAUCCGACGACCAAAGACGCGCCCCCCUCCAAAGCCGGAGUCUGUGCCGCGUGCAUAG